ACGGAAGGAGUGUCGGGGUAACGCGUUGUUGGACGGAACGUUGGUGUGUUUUCUCACAUUUAGUUCUGCUUCUGUCUGUUUGGAACACGUUUGUGGUCCGACAGAGACCUGUAGGAAUGGCGCGUUCGUCUGUGACUUCAAACUACUUGUUUUGUGCAAGUGCGGGACUGGCGGUUAGCAGCUAACACUAACAGUACAGAGGACGUCAUGGUGGCGGCACAGCGAGGUUCCUGGCUCCUCAGUGGUGCCACAGUGGCCGCCGUCGCUGCGCUUUACCUGCCGUGUGUUCAGAAGGCAGUUCCUGGCGGAGACUCAGGAGAGCUGAUCACGGCUGCUUGCGAGCUGGGGGUGGCGCAUCCCCCAGGUUACCCUCUCUUCACUCUGCUGUCCAGCCUGGCGAUGACUUUCUUGCCCUCCGUUUCCCCCGCCCACAGUGUCAACCUUCUGAGUGGUCUGCUGGGAUCGAUGGCGAGUGGCACCCUAUGCUUUACUGUGUGCAGACUGGCUGGGCCGGGCCCGGGAGCCGUGCUAGCCGGGGGGGUGUUCGCCCUCUCCCUGCUGACCUGGCGCUGGUCCGUGGUGGCAGAGGUCUUCUCCCUCAACAACCUCUUUGUGGGCUCGAUCCUCGCUUUAGCCGCGAGCUUCCACCGCGCCGACGGUGCCGGCGAGAGAAGGAAGUUUUCCCGCUGGGGGGCGCUGUGCUGCGGCUUGGGCCUGUGUAACCAGCACACCUUGGUGCUCUACGUGGUGCCUGUGAUCCCGUGGGUGCUGCUGCGACUGCACACCUACCAGGAGCUGUCGUUGCGCGGCGCGGCGCUGCUGGCCCUUCACUUCCUGUUCGGCUUCCUGCCGUACCUCUACCUCCCGAUCUCCUCGGCGGCGAACGCGGCUCGCUGGAGCUGGGGCGACCAGACCACCGUUCGCGGACUGCUCACACACCUGCUCAGGAUGGAGUAUGGCACCUUCAGCCUGGCGAAGGCGGAUGGCUCGGUGGGGUCAGCCAGGAUGCUCCGGGCCCAGCUGGACCACUGCGUGGCUCACCUCACUGUCCCUGUGUUGAUUCUGGCGGGGAUCAGCCUGCUCCUCUCCCUGUGGGACAGGAGGCAGUAUGUGCUGCCCUGGCUGCUGGCUGCCAUGGUGCUGCUCUACUCCCUUUUCUUUGCCUGGAGGGCCAACCUGGACAUCAGCAGGCCGCUGCUGCUCGGAGUGGUGGAGCGCUUCUGGCUGCAGGGCGACGCCGUGCUCUGCGUGCUGUCCGGCCUGGGUCUGGCCGGGCUGUGCGCCGCGCUGGAGCGGUGGCUGGCCCGCGGUACGCUGUGGACCGCCUGCGCCUGGGCACUCACCGCCGGCCUGCUGGCACACCUGGCACGCUCCAACUACAGGGAAUGCGACCAGAGCCGGAACGACGUGGUGGAGCGCUUUGCACGUGGCAUUCUGGACUCCAUGCCCCAGGACUCCUUGCUGCUCACCCGGGGUGACCUACCUGGGAACUCGCUGCGCUACUUGCACUACUGCCAGGGGCUGCGUCCCGACUUGCGCCUCGUCGACCAGGAGAUGAUGACCUACGGCUGGUACGUGGCGAAGCUCGGCCGGCACCAUCCCGGGGUCCGCUUCCCUGGCCGGCGGUGGGACCCGGCGCGCGCGGCCGAGGAGGACGCGUUCGGUUUGGAGCGGUUCCUGCGUCACAACUCGGACAGGGACGUGUUUGCCUGCAUCGGCCUGCCCGAGGGGGAUCCCGGCUGGAUGAGGAGCUUCUCCCGUUGGCCUUGGGGCAUCUGUGAGCAGCUGGUGCCCGCAGAGACCCGCCUGCAGCCCGAAGCGUGGGCCCGGCGCACCAGGAGCCUCUACAACUGGACGGAGCCACACGACAGCUUCCGUGCUGGUUCUUGGGAGAAGGUGGCCAACGAGGAGAUGUGGCAGGCCAGGAUGAAGACGGCCUUCUUCUUGUUUGACGUGGCUGAGAAAGUUCCCGAAGAAGGCAAAGAGCGCCUCUUCGAGCUCUCCUACACCCUCUAUAAGGAGAUAGUAGACGCGCAUGAGAAUCACCCGUCCAACUGGGAUAAGAACCUGGCGCUGGCCGGCGAGAGGCUGCUCAGGUACGGGGGCCGGGGGCACGACCCCGACCGCCUGCUCGCGCAGACUAUCGAAAGCUUCUCGUUGUACCUGGAGAAGGAGCCCGCGGACCCCAAGGCGGAGGCCAUCCGCUCCGUCAUUUCACACCUGCGCAAAGAGAGGCAGCGACUCAGACGCAGCAGACACGCUACUUGAGGCCCAGCCGACAAGAGAGGUGGCAUCUCAUCUUGUUUGAGGGCAUUAUGAAAACGGCGGCUUGUGUUUAAUACGCAAGGAGAUAAAAAGCACCAAGAAAUGACCGAAGGCUCAUCGUUAACAGCCAAGGGCGAAAGGCCGGCAUUGGAACGCGGUACUGCGAGAUGAUCUGUAACUGUUUUCUGUGGAAAAGUGUAGAAAUGUUCCUGUUUUUUAAAAAAAUCUUUUAUUAUGUGAAAAAUAAACCACUGU